AGCUCUUUUUAUAUGUUUGGGUCUCUUUCAUGUGGUGAGUUGUGAAUGUCGUCGAUUGAGUUAGUAGACUACCAAACAGAGGCUGCACGACUGCACAAAGAAAUGAAUGACCUCCUUAAGAUGACUCAGCGCAAGACCAUCGCACGACGUCAGAAAAUAGACCUUUUUGUUUUGUCUGUUGCACACGAAAAAGAAAUCCAUUAUUUGUCAGGUCACAGUCCAUCAUCGUCUGAGGAAGUAUCGAAACUUCUUCGGGAAAAUGGAGAAGAGGAAGUUAUGGAGGAAGAAUGCCUCUGUCGAUACGAGGCUUUUGUAACAUCGAAGCGCUCCUUUUUUAGCGAUACCGGAACUGAUUUAGAUAAUGCUGCAACACUGCUGUUCGAAAGCAUGUUUGAAGGUGCCGAAAGAGACGAUUUAGAAUCGGGAAGAGGCGAGUUGCUGACAAGCACACGUUUCUCCUACAACGAACUGCACGAAUUCUGUCUUCUUUGUGAUGCAGCAGCUCGUUUACAUCGCCUGACCACGAUGGAGGUGAUGGCUCACAAGUUGACGUCUUCACUUGGCGAGGAUAAAUCAUUAUUGGCAGAAAAGGAAAAAUUAGAUGCGCAUGGAGCGCUUUUAAACAAGGCCAUUGUCGAAAAUGAAAACCAACUUUCAACGAUAACGGCCCGUUUGCGACGCGUUCGACGGGAGUUGGCUGUACUGGAGGUGGAAAAUGAGGCUGGGGCAGCUCGUGAGGAAGUCACGCCUGUAGUGACUAAUUUUCAAGAAGAUAGAAGUGCAGUCGCCGCUGCAAAAAAAGCUGUGGAAACUAUACAAGGGACCACGGCGAACUGGAUGCGCAGAAAACAGGAAGCUGAUUCCACCAAAACAGCACUGCGUGACAAGGCAGACGGAGUCACAGAUCGCAUCACAGCCUGCAAGCAAGCGGUAAUUUCCAUUGCUCUGAGUACAGAGGAAAUAGCGAGGAGAACGGAUGAGUUGAGAGAGAAAUGCGUUGGUCUCUCACGUGAUUUAGAUUUGAAGGAACGCUAUCGCCUUCAACAGAUUAGACUUCUGGAGAAGAGCGAGGCAAGCUACCAGGAAUUAAAGUCUAAGGUGUCACGACUGGCAGACGACGAUAAUGCCAAAACAGCACAACUGAACAACGCUGAAUUCGAUCGCCGGGAGAUUUGCUUACGAAUUGAUUCUGCGAAACAAAACUCACUUUCAGUGAAGACUGUCAACGCAAGGUUAAAGGAAUUGCUCGAAGAAGUUCAGUCGGAAAGAGAACUUCUUGAAGACAAAAUUCAGUACCUCGGGGGCUUGGUUCCUGACCAGACAAAUUUGAAAAGGCUUAUGGGUCACUGUGCCAAAAAGCUGGACUGCGCGCAUAUCUCACAGGCAACUGGGAAUUAUUUGGACUUUGUCCAGAAAGCUAGAGCGAGUCAGAGGGCACGCUUGAAUAAAAUUUAA